GCCCAUAAAUGCCCUGCAAAGUAAAUCAGAUAUUUUGUAUAUAAGUUUAUGGUUGAUUCUUUUUUCCCCUUUUCUUCUAUCAAAGUUUAGGGUUAGGGCUCACAAAGAGAGUCACAUCUGGAUUCUUCUUAGCUAGAGUCAUCUGUUUUUUCCGUUUGUCCAAUUUGAAAGUGUUAAGUAAAGGAUGGCUCUCAAUUUUCCAAAGGGAGUGUCAGUGUUCCAUAUGAGAAUCUACAAGGUUGUGGAAGAUCCUUCAUCGGAUCCAAUAAUCUCAUGGGGCAAAGACAACAACAGUUUCGUCAUUUGGAAUCUCGAAGAGUUUACUCGCAAAAACAUUGUUGGAAAUUUCAACUGCAGUAGAUUCUCAGAGUUUCGCUCUGAGCUUAGGUAUUAUGGCUUUAAAGGAAUCAAGAAGGGGUCAGGGGAACUGGAAUAUGGGAAUGAAGAUUUUGUGAGAGGGCAACCUGAGCGUUUGAAGACGAUGAUGAUCAAAGCUUGGAGGAAGAACAAGGCCAAAUUUAAAGCUAGAAAGGCAGCAGAGGAAAUGCAACGCUUACAGAUUUGAUCAGAAUCAUCCCCUCGUGCUUCCUUGCACACACAUUUUAUGAAUAACCUUUUGCCAUGCAAACAUUUUUGAGCAUUUUGCAUUUGCACCUUAAAGAGGCAAAUGGAUCGCCUGCAACUUCAACGUUUGCAAAUCUGAUCUGAACCAUCAUCC